AGCAAAGCGCUCUGCAUGGCAUCCUUUCAGGCUCGAUGUCGUCGUCACCGCCGUUGCCAUCGUCGUCGCGCUUUCGAAGGCGCGUCAUUGGCAGCGCGGGCCAGCGCCACGAGCCGCUCAGUGUUCGAUGGACAGCCUGGAAAGCUACAAGGCGCUUUACUAUGCUUCGGGCUUCCCGGUCUCGCCGGCCAUGCAGACUUCUCAGGGCAAUGCGCGUACGGUAGCCAGCCAAAACGCGCAAGAAACACGACAGCUUGCCCAACAUGGACAUCACGCCUCAGACGGACUUCUGCCCUUGCGCAGCUCUUCCUUCGAUGAUGAGCGCCCUGGUCUAUCACAGCGUCGAUCGGCAAGCGAUGAUCGCCUGACGCAGAGCGCGAGAUCGCCUCGUACUGUCUCGCCUGCCCUUUCAGCUGACAGAGACGAAGCAAAGAGGCAGCUGCUGUCGCCUGCCAUGCUCGAAACGAGGCCAAAACGUCUAUCGAGUAUGCAGUCAUCUGCACAGUCGCCCACUGUGGCCGGGAAAGCUCCUGCUCAGACGACGGCGCGUACAAAGGCAACAUUGGGUCUGGGUAUCACUUUGCACAGCGACUCGCCCGCACGAAAGACGCAGACAAGCGCGACGCGAGCGCGAGCGCAAGUAGCUAUACAGGUACAAGCUUCGACGCCGCCAACUGGCCCGUCUCUAUCGCGCAGUGUCGCGACGCCCGGCACGCCUAGUCCGCUGCAAACAUCCACCUCGCGACUCAAAUCACCGUUGCAACGGAGCAGCAACUUACCUCGACCCGUCUCGCCCGUCAAGCCACGUCCACUGUCGGCUUCUCUGGGUUCGGGCAAGCGUACAUCGGGCGCACAGACCUCUGCUCGGGAUGCGCCCUUUUCGCCGCGAUUCGGUUCGCCACGCUCGCCCCUCGUCUCGUCUGUCAAUAGCCCUCGCUCGGUCCAGCGCGCUGCAGAAUCACGUAUACCCAUUGCAGCAGUCAGUAUGCAGCGUGCGCUCUCUGGCGUCUCCCACGACUACAGCAAAUCGCCCAAACAGUUUGUCCAUCCUCUGUCUAGCUUUGCAGGCGACGAGCGAGAGGCAACGUCGCUUUACGAUCAGGCAGAGGAUAGUGAUGCCGUGUCCGCAGGGGCCAGUCCUCCCUCGUUGGGGAGCACAGCAACAAGUUCCUCUGCUACUUCGCUCGAGAACGGCACGCGCGACCUUGAGGAGACACCGAAGCGGCAGGCAAAGAGGAGGAAUAGCUAUAGAGAUCGGAUGUCGCCGAGUAGCAGAGCGGCAGGCUUGACCGUAGAUGCUCGCGAGCGACCGGAGUCGAGCGCUUCCCAUCGUCCAGGUUCAGCCACGUCGCGAGGGAGCACGGACAAGGUGGCUUUCUUCGGCAGUACAGGUCUCUCUGCACAGGACAGGCAUGUUGCUCGUAUCCAGUCUGCCUCGUCUGCUUCUGGCAAGGUCAUCUCUACUCUGCAGACCGAGCUCUUGUCGACAAAGACGAGCUUGGAAGCAGUGCGAGCUCAAUUGCGACUGUCGCAUCGGACGACGGAAUACUUGGGCAGAGAGGCUGAUGAUCUCAAGGGACAGAAAGAGCGACUCGAAUUGGAGAUUGAGAAUCUGAGCAAGAUGCUGCAACGACGGGAGAGACAGCUAGAUGAGACGCUCAUCCGUGCAAGGACAGCAGAGUCACAUCUGUCUGAUCUUGAUCAGCGACAGAAAGUGGCAGAUCAAGAUGCGAUGGCGCGUGUCAAGGAGCUCGAGCUGGCUCUCGCAGAAUCGACAGCAAGGACACAUAAAGCAGAAAGCGAGUACAACGCCUUGCGCAAGGGCGUAUCGAGCAUGCGAAGCGAGCUGCAGCGCGAACAAGCAUCAUCACGCAAGCUACUGGACGAAGCGCUCGUCAAGCAUACAUCACAACUACAGCUCGCGCAGGAACGCUUCACAUUAUUGGAACGAGCAUUGCAAAAUCGUACAGCAUUGCAGUCCAGCCUGAUAGUAACGCAAAGUAGAUUGUCGAAAGAAACAGCCGAAUUCUCUGCCGAGGUCAGCAAAGAACUCGCAGAGCUCAAGCAGCGUUCGGCAGACGAUGGCAGUAGAGUGACCACCGCGUUGACCGAAGUCGAUACCGUGGCCGAGCAGACGAAACGGCUCGUUCGACUGGCCAGAGCAUCAUCGAGCGGGUCGCCAUCGACUUAGCAUCAUCAUCACUGGGACGAGCAGCAGUUUUGUUGUAGCAGCAUUGUAGAAGCCUCGGCUCACUUUGAGCUCAUCUUCUGGUGUCCAUCAUUGCCGCGCGACAGGUGGUACACCGGCUGACC